UAUAUGGCGGCAGUUCUGUCGGGCCUGGCUGUCCGGCUCUCGCGCUCAGCCGCCGCCCGCUCUUAUGGGGUCUUCUGCAAGGGGCUGACACGCACGCUGCUCAUUUUCUUUGAUCUGGCCUGGCGGCUGCGCAUCAACUUCCCCUACCUCUACAUCGUGGCUUCCAUGAUGCUCAAUGUGCGCCUGCAGGUUCAUAUUGAGAUCCACUGAAGGCCAUCCCCUCCCUACAGAGGCGUCACCCUAGGCUCAUCACCUCAAAGAACAGAAAGCAUGAGGGACGGAAGAGGGACCCUUGGCACCUGCAUGGCCAAAGCAGAGGGGAAGGGAGGAGAGGACUGGGACAGACUGUCACUCAGCCUCAAGAGGAGCACGCAGGAGGGGAGCACGUGGCCUGCAGAUUCCCCUUCCCAGCUAAACACGCCUGCAGUUGACAGAAAUGGAAACACACAGAGUGAGGCGCUGUCCUCGAAAACGAAAGAUAGUCUGAGCGAGACUGGCCUCCUGCCUCCCACUGGUGACAGGGCACUUUUGUAUUUGAAGGGAUCCAUGGGAAGAAAUUCAGCCCUGGCAGUGGUUCCCAGUAAGGUUGUGGAUCCGUCCCAGGUCCUUGCAUCUGUCCCUGUGAGAGAGUGCCUUGCCGCGCUGUCCCAUGUCAUCAAGGAAGCUGUGCAGAGGAACUGGCCAGGAAGAGGCCCAGGAGCUAUGGACAGCCACAGAGGACAGUGCUCCAGCAGAAGGGCCUGGGUGUCAGCGCCACCAGGCUGCUCGCAACUGUGGGAAGUGAGAGUUUCUGAGGAUGAGCCGGUGAGGGCUGUUCCUGAGGGGCCAGACUCUGAGUUAGAACUGUCCUGCCUGUGUUUCCUGCUGCCCCAUUCACUGCACGCCCAUCCUCGAAGCCUCCUAAAGGAUGAGACACAGUGUGACCAUCUCGACCAGCUAAUGCCUGUGCUUUCAGAGCAGAUAACACAAUACAGGAACAUGCUCUCAAGUAUAAAUUGUACCUCAAAUAGUCUUCAGAUAACAUUGGGGUUGUUGGCUGUAUGACCUUUGACAUUAGCAAAUCCAACAGGCCAUAGUUAAGGUACAAGCAGAACAAUAAAAAUAGUAUCUUAAUUUUAAAGUUGUCUUAGAAUGAUUUUUUUGCAUUAAGUCUGGAUGCAAACAGUGCAGUCAUUCAGUUCCUGCUUUGGUUUGUACAGCUAGACAAACUUUCUAAGUCGAGUAUAAACUUGCUAAAAGCUAGGUAAUGCAGCAGGAAAUUUUUGAGCAUGUUUUAAAUUGUGCUUGUAAGACAAGAAUCGGGAAACCCUUUCAGGAGAUUAUUGAUUUAUCCAGUAUAAUUUCAGCUGAGAACAUGGCUUACCACGAAGUUCUUUGUCUCUAGUACCUAAUCUAAAGGGCUACUGUCCCAGAUACUGUCUGUCUCUUCAGCUGUCCUGUCACCAAAUGGAAGUGGAUCUUUGUAAAGUUUACCCGCUGUACUUUUAUGAAGCCUUGCUGAGUUCAUGGUGAGCUGUUACUAUUUCUGCGUUUUGUAGAUUAAUUUUGGUCUGCAGAAAAAUUUGGUUUCUUACACUUCUUUCUACUUGAAAUGGAGUUUCAAUGGAGGCCCUAUGGUGAAAGUUGCAAUAUUAAAUUUAGAAUAAUUUUCUCAAACUAGGAUUCCUAGCAGUGUUACCCUAAGUAAAAAGGAGCUUGACUCUGCUGUAGCUCAGCUAUAGAGAGGCAGAUAAAGUAUUUUCCCUUACAAAAGUUCCCAGGUCCAAGGAGUGGAGAUCUUUUUUUACACUAAGACUUUUCUGAAGUAACUUGUUGAUAACUUUAAUAAAGGCCACUUAAGAGUGUUGUUUUUUAAGGAUUCCCAAAGUGAAGCUAAAAAUAGUCAUUUUGGGAAUGAUUGCAUAUAUCAAUUUGUAUUAUGUGUUAAAUUACUAUGCCAUGUGCUAUUUUAGUGUUUUGGUAAAAUGGAGAAUUAAAAUCUGUUCUUUAGCAUAAUAAAUAUGUCUUAUUUUGA